UGUGGUAAGAUCACCGUAGCAGAUAAGAGGUGACCAUACGCGAGUAGACCAAUCAACCAAGCACAAGCAUACAUGAGCCAGGCUUAGUUAAAUCAUGCAACCAAACAUGGCCUCUUGCAUCUCCCAACCCAGGCUUAGGCUGGCCAUGCUUAAAAUUCUAGCCAGGCUAGAGUUGUUCAACAAACCAAACGGCCGCAUAGUGAACUUUCCUCCACGGAUGUCCCGUUGAGGAGUCGAUUAGUCGUUGUUCACACAACCAAUAGGGCUAAAAAAAACUCUGACAGCACACAUCUUGGCCACGCAAGCAACUCCACUUUUCUCCCCAACCACCCGGGCAGGUGAGGACUGACGAGGCCAUCUCAUUUGCCUGCAGAUUUUUCCUGCACCCGGAGUCGUUGAGUCAUCGGCCAAAUCAAUCUUGGCCAUAGGCUAAGCUCGGCACAAGCAGCUGGACUUGGUGUAGAUCUACAAUCUCAAAGACAAGUUAUUGGCAUGGAAGAGCGCUGAUCUUCCUAAGAAACAUAGGUGAGCUCUGGAACUCGGUCAGUUAUUUGCAUAUAGAAAGGAGCAGGAAAAAAUUUUAUGCGCUUUAGCAACAAAUCCCCCAUCCCUUGCAUCAUGGCUAGGCUAGCUAAUCUUUCGUUGUCAUUCUCCUUUCCAUUCCUAACUCGUGCUGCAUCUGUAUGCACACAUCAAUAGGACUUUCAGCUCGAGAGAGACACACAGCAGAUCCAUGGAGUCGACGGUGCUCAGUGUUGGCAAAUCUGUGCUCAGCGGGGCACUUGGCUAUGCCAAAUCUGCCGUAGCGGAGGAGGUUGCCUUGCAGCUGGGCUUCCAACGCGACCAUGCCUUCAUCAGGGACGAGCUCGAGAUGAUGCAGGCUUUCCUGCUUGCAGCGCAUGAGGAGCGAGAGGAGCACAAGGUGGUACUGACCUGGGUGAAGCAGGUCCGGGACGUGGCCUAUGAUGUCGAGGACUGCCUCCAUGACUUGGCCAUUCGUUUGGGGAAGAAGCAUUCCUGGUGGCGCACUCUGGUCCACCGCCACCGUGUGUCCGUGCAGAUAAAGGAGCUCAGAGCCAGGGUCGAGGAUGUCAGCCAGAAGAACGUGCGCUACCGCCUCAUCAAGGGCUCUGACUCAAUGGCCGCCACCGCUGCUGGGCAGCCCAGCUCCAGCACGCCUGGUGCGACAAUGUCAGGCAUUGAUGAAGCCAUGAGGCAGCAGAACAGAGCAAAAGUGGAUCUCAUUCGGCUCAUCAGUAGGACAGGCGAGGACCUUAGAGUGAUAGCUGUGUGGGGAGCAAGUGAUGUUCUUGAGGAUACACCCAUCAUCAGAAUGGCCUACGAUUAUCUGAAGAGAAACAAUAGGUUUGAGUGCUAUGCGUGGGUCAGGAUCAUGCAGCCUUUCAAUCGAACAGAGUUUCUGAGAAACAUUAUCAGGCAAUUCUUGGACGACGAAGUGGGCGCGAGUGGUCGUUGACGACGAGCAGGUGACGCCGCGCCUCGCCGCUGCCUUGUUCUGCAUCGUCGUUGAUGGAAUCUUGAAAGUGAUCGGGUGCUCUAGCCUAAGA